CCAGGCGCCGCCCUCCCCAACAUGGCGUCCGGAGCCGACCUUCCCAUCAUGGCGCGCGGCCCCGCCCGCUCCGCCGCCGCCGCGGCUGCCGGCGGGAGCAGUUCCGGGUGCGGUGCGCGCCGGGGGCGGGCGAGGGGGCGGUGUCCUGGCCAUGGCCGGCCUGUCGGACCUGGAGUUGCGGCGGGAGCUGCAGGCCCUGGGCUUCCAGCCGGGCCCCAUCACCGACACCACUCGGAGCGUCUACCGCAACAAGCUGCGCCGCCUGCGGGGCGAGGCCCGGCUGCGCGUCGACGAGCGGCUGCGGGACGAGGCCCAGCUGCGGGAGGAGGCCCGGCUGCGGGAGGAGGCCCGGCUACGGGAGGAGGCCCGGCUGCGCGAGGAGGCGCCGUCUCCGCCGCGCGCGCGGCCCGCCGCGGCCAGCCUGCGGCCGGAGCCCCGGCCGUCCCCGAGCGCGGCCGCCGACCCCUGCGGGCCUUACGGCCACCUCGGAGCCUCCGCCGCCCCCUGGGCCGCGAACCGCGGCCUGUCCUACCCGACGCACGCCGGGCUCGGGCCGCUGCGACGCCGCGCCUCGGUCCGGGGCAGCUCCGAGGACGACGAGGACGCGCGGACGCCGGACAGGGCCGCCCCGGGCCGGGCCCGCGCCUGGUGGGCUCCGCCGUCGGCGUCUGCGCGGCCGCCCUCGGCGCUCCUCGGCGCCGACGCGCGCCCCGGCCCCGGCCUGAAGGGCUGGCGCACGGGCUCCGCGGGCGGCGCCGGGCGAGCCCGACCCGAGGCGGGCCGACGGCUGGAGCGCUGCCUGUCUCGGCUGCUGCUCUGGGCCAGCCUGGGGCUGCUGCUCGUCUUCCUGGCCAUCCUGUGGGUGAAGAUGGGCAAGCCCUCGGCGCCGCAGGAGGCGGAGGACAACAUGAAACUGUUGCCGGUGGACUGUGAGAGAAAAACAGAUGAGUUCUGCCAGGCCAAGCAGAAGGCAGACCUGCUGGAGCUGCUGCACGAGCUGUACAACUUCCUUGCCAUCCAAGCAGGUAAUUUUGAAUGUGGCAAUCCAGAGAAGCUAAAGAGCAAAUGCAUCCCCGUGCUGGAGGCGCAGGAGUACAUAGCUGAGACACCGAAGAAGGCCUUCAAGACUCAGAAUGAUGUCCUGGCAGCAGCCCCCAGGCAGAGCUCACCCCCAUAUUCCACCCCACAGAAUGUGACCAGCAGUCCCUCUGCGAGGUUUAAGGCCGCGCUGACCUGGAUCCUGAGCAGCAACAAGGACGUGGGCAUCUGGCUGAAAGGGGAAGACCCGUCUGAGCUGGUGACCACGGUGGACAAAGUGGUCUGCCUGGAGUCUGCCCGGCCCCGGAUGGGCGUCGGCUGCCGCCUCAGCCGCGCUCUUCUCACUGCGGUCACCCACGUGCUCAUCUUCUUCUGGUGCCUGGCCUUCCUGUGGGGGCUGCUGAUCCUCCUCAAGUACCGCUGGCGAAAGCUGGAAGAGGAGGAGCAGGCCAUGUAUGAGAUGGUGAAGAAGAUUAUAGACGUGGUUCAGGACCACUAUGUGGACUGGGAACAGGACAUGGAGCGCUACCCAUAUGUGGGCAUUCUCCAUGUGCGUGACAGUCUGAUCCCCCCACAAAGCAGGCGGCGCAUGAAGCGAGUAUGGGAUCGUGCUGUGGAGUUCCUGGCUUCCAAUGAAUCUCGGAUUCAGACUGAGUCCCACCGAGUGGCUGGGGAGGACAUGCUGGUGUGGAGAUGGACUAAGCCUUCCUCUUUCUCUGACUCGGAGCGAUAGGACAGGACCUAUUCCAGCCAGCCUGGCCCGGCCACCCGGCUGGAGCAAGGACAGACCUUCGGUGCUUAUUCACACCUGCCUUGAUUGCCCUCCUUGUCUCGGGUUUGGGACAUGUGGGCUUACUGAGGGUAGCCGGGAGAGCGGGGGACCCCCCUCCUCUAUGUCAGUACUACUGACGGAAGGGGAGAAUGGCUCGUUCUCCCUGGAUAGAAAGACGGGCAGUGGUUAGAAUUCUGGAGGUCCUGCACACAGCUAGACAGCAGCCAGUGAUCCAGCCCGUCGCUUGGGAGGUGGGUCGGGUGGUGGGCUGGGGCAGCAAGGCCUGGGGGACAGCUUGGUCCAUGUGCCUUUGUGCUUCUAGGGAGCUUAAGGGUGAGGGGAGGAACCCGUCCCACUCCUGUGUGGGCCUUUGUCCAGAAGGGGAAGACCUUAGAGUUUAGGAGCCGCCCACAGUAGGGCCCAGAACAGAGGUGGCGUGGAGGCCAGCCACAGCUGCCUGUGCCUCAGUGCUUCUCGAAGGUCUAAAGUACAGCCUGAGUCAGGGUGGAGCUCAGCCUCCUGCCAGCUGUCACCUACUGUGUGUAGGCCUCCUGGCUGUUCAGCCAGAACAGGUAGGGUGCAGCAUCGUGGCUGCAUACUGCCCUCUGCAGGCCACGUGGAGCAGUGUGGCUAGGGAGGACCUGCUCCUAAAAUACCCAGUGGGGGGCCGUAGGAGCUGAGAGGGGCCUCUGCAGCAACUCUUCAGCAGACCUCACCCACAGCAGCAGGAGGAUAGCCCCUGAAGGUGAAGCAUAGCUGUCUCCAGAAGACACAAGACGCCCCCUUUCGGACCUAUUGCUGUUCUCUGUUUCUUAAUAAAGUAUGGUCUCCAUUUAGCAAUACGUUCAUUGCCUUGUGUCUGGGUGGUCAGCAGGACCAGGGACUGAGCAGGUGUCCGUGGCAAGGCCUGUUCUCAUGACCAGGCUCCAGCCAGAAGAUGGCUUUUGUAUUGGGGGUGGAGCUGUUGGAAAAAUAAAAUAUUUAUUGAGAAUGGA